GAACCCGCAACCUCAUGGUUCCUAGUCGGAUUCGGUAACCACUGCGCCAUGACAGGAACUCCUGUAUUUUUCUUUAAAGCAUUCUCAACAAACUUUUUAGUCUUAGUUAGUUGAGGAAUUAUGGAGAAGACAAUGAUUUUUCUUCUAGAAUGGUAUUGUGGAUGAAGGAACAGCAGGAAAGGGUUUUCUGUGUGAGUUCCAACUGGCUUUCACAGUAAGUCUAUUUCUGUGCCAUGCUUCAACAGUUUCCUUUGCCUUCAUUUGAAUAAACUGCUAAAAUCAGACCUCAGAAUUAAAACUGGUGAGAGAAUCCCUUUUUGAGUAUACUUCUUUUCAAAAAUAAAUGUGCAGAAGAGAGGAGACAAGAUGGUAGAGUAGAAGGGAUUGAGGUAACCUCCUCUCAUAAAAAGACCAAAUGCACAACUAACUGCUGAACAAACAUUGACAAAAUAGAUUGGAAACUAGCAAAGAAGAUAUCCUACAUCUGAGGACAAAGAAGGCAUAGAGGCCCUUGCAUGGGAGCUAGAGUUCCAAACCCCAUGUCAGGUUCCUGAGUCUGGGGAUCUGGCUUUGGAAGAGGAACCUCCAGAGCAUUUGGUAUUGAAGGCCAGCAGGGCUUGAGUGCAGGAGCUCCACAGGACUGGUGGAAACACAAACUCCGCCCUUGGAGGGUGCACACAAGAUUUCAUGUGCACUGGGUCCCAAGACAAAGCAGGGACUCCAUGAGAAUCUGGGCCAGACCUACCUGAAGGUCUUGGAGUGUCUCCUGGGCAAGCAGAGGUCAGCUGAGGCUCAUUGUGGGGGCAGGACACUGGAGGCAGAGGUCCCAGGUCCCGUAGUUAUGUGUGUAAGCUCCCUGGAGCCUAGCCCUUCCUGACAACUUGCAGGCAUCAAUGCGGAGAAGCCCCAGGUUGAACAACAAACAGAAUGGGAACACAAACCCACCCAUCAAAUAAACAGGUAGCCUAAAGUCUUCCUAGGUACUCAAGCACUUCUGAUUCUACCUUUCAACGCAGCCCUGCCCACCAGAGGGAGGAGACCCAGCUCUUCCUGCCUGUGGGCAGGCACCAGUCCCUCCUGUCAGGAAGCCAGUGCCAAUCCUUGGACCAGCUUUACCCUCAAUGAAGCACACACCAGAAGCAAGAGAGGUUACAAUCCUGCAACCUGCAGAAAGGAGACCACAAACAUAAAAAGAUAGACAAAGUGAAAUGGCAGAGAAAUACACUCUAGAUGAAGGAGUAAGACAAAACCUCAGAACAAAAAUUAAGUGGAGAUAGGCAACCUACAUGAAAAAGAGUUUAGAAUAAUGAUAACAAGGAUGAUCUCUGAUCUAGGAAAAAUAAUUUGAAGCAAAUAUUGAGAAAUUACAAGAAAUGUUUAACAAAGAAAUAGAAGAUUUAAAGAACAAAAAGAUUAACAAUAUAACUGAAGUUAAAAAUACACUAGAAGGAAUCAGUAGCAGGAUCCAUGAGGCAGAGGAAUGACUGAGAUUGAAGACAGACUGGUAGAAAUCACUGAUGCAAAACAGAAUAGAGAAAAAAGAGUGAAAAGAAAUGAGGACAGUCUAAGAGACAUCUGGGACAAAAUUAAAUGCACCAACAGUUGCAUUUUAGGGAGUUAGAGAAGGAGAAGAGAGAGAGAAAGGGCCUGAGAAAAUAUUUGAAGAUCUAAUAGAUUAAAACUUCCAUAACAUGGGAAAGGAAACAUUAAUUCGAGUCUAGGAAGCAUAGCUAGUCCUAUAUGGGGUAAACCCAAGAAGGAAAACUCAAGAGACAUACAUUCAUCACACUGGCUCAAUUAAAGACAAAAUAUUAAAAGCAACUAAGGAAAAGCAACACAUAACAUACAGAGGUACUGUAUGUUAUUUGAUUUUUUUUUUUAGCAGAAACUGCAUGCCAGAAAGGAGCGGCAGGACAUAUUUGAAGUGAUUAAAGGGAAAAAUCUACAACCAAGAAUAUUCCACCCUGCAAGGCUUUCAUUCAGAUUCGAUGGAGAAAUCAAAAGCUUUAUAGACAAGCAAAUGUUAAGAAAGUUCAGCACCAUUAAACCAACUUUAUAGAAAAUAGUAAAGGAGCUUCUCCAGGUGGAAAAAAAAAAAAGGCCACAACUAGAAACAAAAUUAAAAUUUGAGAAGGUUCACCUGUAAAGGCAAAGGUAGUAAAGAUAGGAAAUCAUCCACACACAAAUAUAAUAUCACAACUGGCAUUCAUGAGGGAAGGAGGAUAUGACUGCAGGAUAUUUGAGAGCCAUUUGAAAUUGUAUGAACAGCAGUGUAAACCAAUCAUGUGCAUGUGUGUCUAACAGACACACACACUGUGCACGCACACACACACAUGUGCACGCACACACACACACUGAUAUAUCAAAAUCUCAUAGUAACUGCAAGCCAAAAAUCUGUGAUAGGAACAUAUACAACCAAAAAGCAACCUUAACACUGUACUAAAGAUAGUCAUCAGAAUACAACUGAAGAGAACAAAAGAGGAAGGGAAAAAUAGACCAACAAAACCCCCAAAGAAGUAACAAAAUGGCAAUAAGAACAUACAUAUCAAUGAUUACUUAAAUGUAAAUGAAUUAAAUGCUCCAGUCAAAAAACAUGGACUGGCUGAAUGGAUCCAAAACUAAGGUCCAUAUAUAUGUUGUCUCCAAGAGACCACUUCAGAUCUAGAGACACAUACAAAGAAAGUGAGAAGAUGAAAAAGGUAUUCCUCACAAAUGGAAAUCAGAUGAAAACUAGAGUAGCAAUAUUCAUAUCAGACAAAAUAGACUUUAAAGAUUGCAAGAGAUGGAUAAAAUCUCAGAUGAAGGACAUUAAAGAAAAAAAAACUAUCACUGUUUGCAGAUGACAUGGUACUAUACAGAGACAAUUCUGAAGGUGUUGUCAGAAAAUUUCUAAAGCUCAUCAAUAAAUUGGUAAAGUUACAGGAUACAAAAUUAAUAUACAGAACUCUCUCAAAUUUCUAUACCUGACAACCAUAAAUCAGUGAGAGAAGUUAAUGAAACAAUGCCAUUCACUGUUGUAUGAAAAAUAAUAAAAUACCCAGGAAUAAACCUACUUAAGGAGGCAAAAGACCUGUACUCUGAAAACUAUAAGAUGCUGUUUAAAGAAAUCAAAAAUGAUAUAAAAAGAUGGAAAAAUGCACAGUGUUCUUGGAUAAAUCUCAUCUUGGGCCACAAAUCCAGCCUCAUUGCACUUAAAAAAUUGAAAUCAUAUGGAGCGUCUUUUCUAACCACAACACUGUAAGUUUAGAAAUCAGCUACAAGGAAAAAAAAACUGCAGAAACCACAAACACUUGGAAACUUCAGCAAUAUGCUACUAAACAACUAAUGGAUCACUGAAGAAAAUCAAGGAGGAAAUUUAAAAAUACCUGGAUAUAAAUGAUAAUGAAGACAAUGAUUCAAAACCUAUGGGAUGCAGCUAAGCAGUUCUAAGGGCCAAAUGUUCUGAAAAAGAUUCUGCAUGGGAAUGGCUUGCCUCACAAUGACGGAAAUGGAAGGAACAUCCACAUCUCCUGUACAUCAGAAUGGUGAUAUUCCUGGAAAUGCUAAUUCUGUGAAGCAAAUAGAUCCAGUCCUACAGGUCUAUCUUUAUCACUCCCUUGGGAAAGCUGAGGGGGAUUAUUUGAAGUUUCCAGCUGGAGAGUAUGUUGCAGAAGAAAUUUGUGUUGCUGCUUCUAAAGCUUGUGGAAUCACACCUGUGUAUCAUAGUAUGUUUGCUUUAAUGAAUGAAACAGAAAGGAUCUGGUAUCCACCCAACCAUGUCUUCCAUGUAGAUGAAUCUACCAGGCACAAUGUACUCUACAGAAUCAGAUUUUACUUUCCUUACUGGUACUGUAAUGGCAGCAACAGAACCUAUCGGCAUGGAAUAUCUCGAGGUGCUGAAGCUCCUCUUCUUGAUGACUUUGUCAUGUCUUACCUUUUUGCUCAGUGGCGACAUGAUUUUUUGUAUGGAUGGGUAAAGAUACCUGUGACUCAUGAAACUCAGGAAGAAUGUCUUGGGAUGGCAGUGUUAGAUAUGAUGAGAAUAGCCAAAGAAAAGGAUCAAACCCCACUGGACAUCUAUAGUUCUGUCAGCUACAAGACAUUCUUACCAAAAUGUGUUCGAGCAAAGAUCCAAGACUAUCAUAUUUUGACAAGGAAGCGAAUAAGGUACAGAUUUCGCAGAUUUAUUGAGCAAUUCAGCCAUUGCAAAGCCACUGCCAGAAACUUGAAACUUAAAUAUCUUAUAAAUCUGGAAACUCUUCAGUCUGCCUUCUACACAGAACAGUUUGAAGUAAAAGAACCUGGAAGAGGUCCUUCAGGUGAGGAGAUUUUUGCAACCAUUAUAAUAACUGGAAACGGUGGAAUUCAGUGGUCAAGAGGGAAACAUAAAGAAAGUGAGACACUGACAGAACAGGAUUUACAAUUAUAUUGUGAUUUUCCUGAUAUCAUUGAUGUCAGUAUUAAACAGGCAAACCAAGAAGGCUCAAAUGAAAGCAGAAUUGUAACUAUUCAUAAGCAAGAUGGCAAAAGUCUGGAAAUUGAGCUUAGCUCAUUAAGAGAAGCUUUGUCUUUUGUAUCGUUAAUUGAUGGAUAUUAUAGAUUAACUGCAGACGCACAUCAUUACCUUUGUAAAGAAGUAGCACCUCCAAUGGUGCUUGAAAAUAUACAAAGCAACUGUCAUGGCCCAAUUUCAAUGGAUUUUGCCAUCAGUAAACUGAAGAAAGCAGGUAAUCAGACUGGACUCUUUGUACUUCGAUGCAGUCCUAAGGACUUUAAUAAAUAUUUUCUGACUUUUGCUGUUGAGCGAGAAAAUGUCACUGAAUAUAAGCACUGUUUGAUUACAAAAAAUGAGAAUGGCGAAUACAACCUCAGUGGUACUAGGAAGAACUUCAGUAACCUUAAAGAUCUUUUGAAUUGUUACCAAAUGGAAACUGUUCGUUCAGACAGUAUAAUUUUCCAGUUUACUAAAUGCUGUCCCCCAAAGCCAAAAGAUAAGUCAAACCUUCUAGUCUUUAGAACCAAUGGUAUUUCUGAUGUGCCAACCUCACCAACAUUACAGAGGCAUAAUAAUGUGAACCAAAUGGUGUUUCACAAAAUCAGAAAUGAAGAUUUGAUAUUUAAUGAAAGUCUUGGCCAAGGCACGUUUACAAAAAUUUUUAAAGGUGUAAGAAGAGAAGUAGGAGACUAUGGUCAACUGCAUGAAACAGAAGUUCUUUUAAAAGUUUUGGAUAAAGCACAUAGAAACUACUCAGAGUCUUUCUUUGAAGCAGCAAGCAUGAUGAGCCAGCUUUCUCAUAAACAUCUGGUUUUAAAUUAUGGAGUAUGUGUCUGUGGAGAGGAGAAUAUUCUGGUUCAGGAGUUUGUAAAAUUUGGGUCACUGGAUACAUAUCUGAAAAAGAAUAAAAAUUCUAUAAAUAUAUUGUGGAAACUUGAAGUGGCUAAACAGUUGGCAUGGGCCAUGCAUUUUCUAGAAGAGAAAACCCUUAUUCAUGGGAAUGUGUGCGCCAAAAAUAUUCUUCUUAUCAGAGAAGAAGACAGGAAGACAGGAAAUCCUCCCUUCAUCAAACUUAGUGAUCCUGGCAUCAGUAUUACAGUUUUGCCCAAGGACAUUCUGCAGGAGAGAAUACCAUGGGUGCCUCCUGAAUGCAUUGAAAAUCCUAAAAAUCUAAACUUGGCAACAGAUAAAUGGAGUUUUGGUACCACUUUGUGGGAAAUCUGCAGUGGAGGUGAUAAGCCUCUGAAUGCUUUGGAUUCUCAAAGAAAGUUACAGUUUUAUGAAGAUAGGCAUCAGCUUCCUGCACCAAAGUGGACAGAAUUAGCAAAUCUUAUUAAUAAUUGUAUGGAUUAUGAACCAGAUUUUAGACCUUCUUUCAGAGCCAUCAUACGAGACCUUAAUAGCUUGUUUACUCCAGAUUAUGAACUACUAACAGAAAAUGAUAUGUUACCAAAUAUGAGAAUAGGUGCCCUAGGGUUUUCUGGUGCAUUUGAAGACCGAGACCCUACACAGUUUGAAGAGAGACACUUGAAAUUUCUACAGCAACUGGGCAAGGGUAAUUUUGGGAGUGUGGAGAUGUGCCGGUAUGACCCUCUACAAGACAACACUGGGGAAGUGGUGGCUGUGAAAAAGCUCCAGCACAGUACUGAAGAGCACCUCAGAGACUUUGAAAGGGAAAUUGAAAUCCUUAAAUCCUUGCAGCAUGACAACAUUGUAAAGUACAAGGGAGUGUGCUACAGUGCUGGUCGGCGUAAUCUAAGAUUAAUUAUGGAAUAUUUACCAUAUGGAAGUUUACGAGAUUAUCUUCAAAAACAUAAAGAACGGAUAGAUCAUAAAAAACUUCUUCAGUAUACAUCUCAGAUAUGCAAGGGUAUGGAGUAUCUUGGUACAAAGAGAUAUAUCCACAGGGAUCUGGCAACAAGGAAUAUAUUGGUGGAGAAUGAAAACAGAGUUAAAAUAGGAGAUUUUGGGUUAACCAAAGUCUUGCCACAAGACAAAGAAUACUACAAAGUGAAAGAACCUGGUGAAAGUCCCAUAUUUUGGUAUGCACCAGAAUCACUGACAGAGAGCAAGUUUUCUGUGGCCUCAGAUGUUUGGAGCUUUGGAGUGGUUCUGUAUGAACUUUUCACAUAUAUCGAGAAGAGUAAAAGCCCACCAGCGGAAUUUAUGCGUAUGAUUGGCAAUGACAAACAAGGACAGAUGAUUGUGUUUCACUUGAUAGAACUUCUGAAGAAUAAUGGAAGGUUACCACGGCCAGAUGGAUGCCCAGAUGAGAUUUAUAUAAUCAUGACAGAAUGCUGGAACAAUAAUGUAAAUCAACGCCCCUCUUUCAGAGACCUAGCUCUUCGAGUUGAUCAAAUAAGGGACAGUAUGGCUUGAUGAAAGAAAUGAACUUCAUUCUGAGACCAAAACAGACUUACAGAACAAAGUUUUAUAUUUUACAUUGCUGUAGACUACUACUGCGUACAUCAUUAUUAUGUAUAUCAUGAUGCUAGCCUGCAAAAGUAUGAAAAUACCUGCUCAAAACCUUCAAAGUCUAGUGAAUUUACCUUCACAAGGACACCAGCCAAAGACACUGAUGAAAAGUAGAGAGUUUUGUAAACAGUUUUGUGAACCUUAUCAGUCAGUUAACAUUCAUCUUUCUUUGGAAAAAGAAGAGAAAUAGACUUUUUUUCAGCUUGGAAUUAUGAGAUGAAAAAAUUGUAAAUGUUUUAGAUGCACAGAAUACAUGUGUACAGUUUUUACCACAGUGAAUGUAUAAUACCUUGGCAUCUUGUGUGGUGUUUUUCACAAGGGCUGGUAUUCAUAAAUAAUGUUUUCUAAUUUUUCCAUAGUUGAUCUAUAAUAUUUUCACUAUACAAACAAAUGAAAAUGCUCAGAUAACUGAAUAAGCACCUUUAUUUCCCUCUUCAUAUAUAUCACUGGCCAGCAAGCAAUAUAAGCAGGUGUAUACUUUUUGCUUCUUGUUCUAUGUACUUGUAAAUAUUUUUCAUGGCAAAGGGAACAAAUGUUUAGUUUUAUUUGUACAGGGAAUUUCCCUCAUCCUAAAGAAUACAUUUUGAAAUGGAUCAAGUUUACAAAGAUAUAACACAAUCUAUUUUCUUAUUUGUCUCCCUUGUAUCUGUUUGUGGCAAGUAUGUUUUUUAAAUAGAACUGUCUCCAAAUUUUUCUAAGACUACAGUUAAUAGUUUUAAAUUUUUGAGAUUAUGAACGCCAGGAAUAUUGUGAUCCCUUGAGUUGUUGGCUGCCAAUAAGAUUCUUCAAUCCCCAGGACCUAUGCUCGUACAUUAAAUUUAAGUGUAAGCCAUAAAAAAUACUGUUUUUCACAUGUAUAAGCUUAUCGAGAUACACAGUGGCAUUAGGAUUAUCUUUUUCUAAAGAAUGUAUACUUAGAGAUUUCAGAAGUCUACUGCAGUCAUAGAAGAAAUUUUCUUUUGUUAGCUUCUUAUAUACAAGGGAGAAUUGAGAGCAAAUUGGUAAAAAAAAAAAAAAGGUAUGCUUAAGUAUGCUUGUUAAUUUUAUUCAAGAGUGCCAGUAGAAAAUUCAUAAUGUAUAUCUUGAUGAAAAAUGAGCAUUUUUUCAACUAAGUAUGAAGGGUGGUUGUUGUCAUCAUUUGUUUUAGUGCUCCUCCAUUUUCGACCCCAUACCUAAAAUGUGGUAGGGUGCUUCUUUUUGUUGUUGUUGUUAUUUAUACAAAUUUUAAAAUACUUGUUAUUUUGGUUUAAAAAAAUAGUUUAUUUUCAGCACUAUAUGCUAUUUUUUUAAACUUAUGACUUGAUUAUCUUUCUGUUUGUUUGUUUUUUUUUUGAAGCUGGUUUUAAAAUGCAUAUUAUCUAAGAAAAAAAUGCCUCACACAUAAAGUUCAAGAUGUUUUGGUUGGAAGGAAGGAAAGAGAAGAAAUGCUUCUUAUAUUAUCUUUAAAGCAUUUAGCCAAAUAGUUACCAAAUGCACAAAUCAUCUAAAAUGAUAAUAUAUUAUUUUUAAAGAUUUCUAGUAAAUAUUUUGAUGAAAGUGAA